AGCUUUGCCAACGUUGCUCGUUGCAUCUCAUGCCCGAGGUUGAAGCUUUGUUUUCUUCAGCAUGGUAUAUUGCUCUGUGCCGCAGUGCCGAACGUAUUCGACCGAGCCCGGUGUUAGUUUCCAUGCAUACCCCAAAACCAAGGAGCAGCGAGAUGCGUGGUUGAUAAAGCUUAAAAGGGGGAAGCAACCCAGCAUCCAUCAGCGCGUGUGUAGCAAGCACUUUCGCGAAGAAGAUUUUGUGUACUGCGUUGGAGCUAAAAUGUUCGGCUGGAAAAGGCGGUGCCUGGUUCCCGAAGCAGUGCCGUCGCAAAACCUUCCUGACCGGCCCUUGGACCGGUCAAAACACACCGAGCGUCGCCGUAACCGGGAGCUGGAGAUAAAUGAUCUGCCAUUGGCAGAGGUCUUCGCCAAGGACAAAGAAGCAGCAGUGGACAAUGAGCCGCAGCCCUCCACCAGUACAGCGGAAUUCGUAGACGAACAAAUGACUGCUGCUGCAGAUAUUGAAACAACAAGUGCAGAAAGACCACAGAACAUGCAGAAAGCUUCAUCCAAGGGAUGUCAGACCAGCCUACCCAGGACCUGCACGCAAGAAACCCAGACACAGGAACUUGACGAGAAGUCUGGUGCUGAGCUUCCAGAGAUGCCUCUGAGAUGUGACUUUGGUACGACCACCGGUCUGGAUUUCUGGUGCGAGUCAUGUGGUGGCAGAUUUGUGACAGCCAAGCGACUGAAAGCACAUCAGCAGACCUCGCACAAGCACAAGUGCCCCCACUGUCGCUAUACCACCGACACAAAGGCUAGUCUCGAACUGCACGAAGUGAUGCACAAGGACUAUCGCGUCGUUUGCAUCAUAUGCGGCAGGCGUUUCAGCAACAACGAAAGCCUCGAGAUACACAAGCAGGUACACACCGCGGUGAAGCUGUACGAGUGCGACGUGUGCGGCCAGUGCUUCAACGUCCUGUCGAACAUGAGGCGCCACCGGAAUCUGCACUCUGGGGCCGUUGGGCCACACACCUGCUCCGACUGUGGCCGAGCAUUCCACCAGAAGUCACACCUCAGGUCACACAUGCGGACCCACACGGGCGAGCGGCCAUUCCAGUGCAGCCAGUGCAACGAGCGCUUCACCGAAAUCGGCAGCGCCAAGAAGCACGAGCGCAUGAUGCACGCGGGGGAGUACCCGCACUACUGCCCGCACUGCAGCAAGGGCCUCGCCAACACCUACAAGCUCAAGAAGCACGUGGAGGCAUGCUACCGUAGGAUGGCGAAGGAGGAGGCGAACCAGACGACGGAAACUAUGAUGAAAUGAAAGUGGUGGCAAAUGCACAGACUACCAGCCGUGGUGGCCUUACGUCCUCAGGUGUGGUGCUUCUAAGCAUUAACGUGCAGCUCUUGCAGGCGCAGUAGACCUUUCCCCGGGGUACUUCACGCAGCACUGUGGUGGCAAAUGCACAGACUACCAGCUGGUGGCAAAUGGUGGCCAAAAUGGUGGCACAACUGUGGACUACCAGCCGCGGUGGCCUUACGGUUCAGGUGUGGAGCUGCUAAGCAUGAAAGUGCAGAACAUGAACUUGUAUAGCGUAUCACGGAAAAUGAAGAAACAGCCGAGCCAGCCAACCUAAAGGACAGAACGCCAUGUACUUUCAUUUAGCCGUUUCUUUAUUCUCCGUGAUGCGCUGUAGCAUUUCAAGUACGAUAAAUCAACUCGGCCAAUCAUCAACACUUGAACAUGCAGGCCGUGCAGGCACAAUAGACCUCUUCAUAGGCACUUCACGCAGCGCUAACUACGUCUUGGUUCGACGUCACCAGCACGUGUAGUGACCACGGAUGGCAAAACACCAUCACUGCCACUUUAAUGUAUAGUGCAGUCUUGGUGCAGUUGCACAGUGCUUGGUGCAGGAGUGAGCGAUGUAGAAACGUUUCUUUUUUGUCUUGAACAUCUGUAAUCAUCUUAUCGUUUAGUUUACAAUAUGUGCGAGAGAACAUACAUGUGUGUGGCAAACUGUGUGAUGAAGGACUAGCCAUGCUGGCUGGCUGUUUAACUUGAAGAAGGGAACCCACAUUGUGGCUUCUGCGAGGAACAGCAACAUUGUCUUCGAAAAUGUGCCAUGUUUGUUGUGGCAUAUAGCAAGGAGGUUUACAAAGAAUUGCUGGAGUGGAAAUCAUGCCUCAAGAGUGAAGCUGUGCCCACCCUAAGAUGACAGCUGCAGCAGCCAUCUUAGCAGGGGCAAGAUAAAAGGUUCGCGUUCAGCGAAGAAAAGGGAGUCUUUUCCUCCCAUGCCCUACGAGUUUAAUAUGGCAAAUUGUUUCUGGACAGAUACUGCUCAGUCUGUGUUUUGUGUUACUAGUUUCCUCAAGAAAUUUCAGAGUCAUGGCAAAUUGAAUUGGUGAUGAAGCCAUCAUUGCUGAUGGCUUGUUACUUUUGUCGGGAAAAACAGUCUCUUAUUUUAUAAUUAACCUAGCUUUUAUAUUAAAUGGAUACUGACACGAAAUUUUGUAGUUGUCAUUUUUUUUUUUGCAACAAAUAAAAGGUGGUACCCUCAAAUGUCUAGAAAAUGUACUGCUAAGCUCGAUUAUACCCUGAAAAAUUAACAGCAUGUUUUUAAAGGCUAGUUUCAUUUCCUACUGUACCCUGAUGCCACAACACGGUAUGAGCCUCUCGUCACAUGCUCAUGCAAGAUCGUAGUAGAACAGCGCCGGCGAAAACAACAGACCAGACGAGGAGACGAGGUUCGUCGAGGAGACGAGGUUCGUCGUCUAACAGACGCGGGGUACCCGCGAGCAAUUCUGUCUAGCGUUGCAGAAAAGAUGCUAAAAGUGAUGAACCAAGGCGCUAACGCCAACCGUGCAGCAGCACAAUUGUGCGGUACAAAGAAUGUCUCCGCUAUUCCUUACGUACAUUCCGUUUCGCACAACUUGAAGAAAGUGGCGGAAAGGGCGGGAGUAAAGGUGGUGUUUACCGCACCCGACAAGCUGGCAAAAAUGUGUCGGGCGGUUAACGCAGAAAGUAAGACACCUGUGUGCACUAAGAAGCAUCGCGACAGGUUUGUACAGUGCACCGAUAAUGUGGUUUACACAAUCCCUUUGUCUUGCGGUGCGUCAUACAUAGGCCAAACAGGAAGAUGCCUAAAUGAUAGAUUAAAAGAGCACAAGUACAACACAACGAAAGUGGUAUCGGGGCAUCUAGGUAUCCAUUGCAGAGACUGCGGUUGCGCACCUCGAUUUGAAAGCACUGGCGUCAUGUACAAGUCAGCUGACAGGUUAACAAGGGAGGUUGUCGAAGCCCUAGAGAUUAAAAAGCUCGGGGAAUCUUGUGUCAGCAUGCCUUCUGUUUUGCUUUCAGAGAAGGAUGUCAGAUUUCUUUCAGGAACCGUUUUGCACGCACAGUAGGAGUGACCACGUGAUACAGUGUCAUAGCUUUUGUAACCUUCUUUCUUCUGUUUAUUCAUGUGAAGGCAGUAUUUAUUCUGUGCAGAUACCGAAUAAACUUUCAGUUGUUAGUGCGCCUUGUGUUACGUGUCCUUC